UUCUAAAUUUUCGGAGGGUUCAGCCCUUUUUGUUGCAAGUUUUUUGCUUAUUCCCUCAGAUUUUUCAUGUUUUUUUAACUUAAGCUCUGUUAAAGAAUUUCGAAGCAUGGCUGAUGAUGCUCCUUAUUAUAGAAUAGUGCCAUUUUCACCCCCACUUGAUGAUGAUGUUUCCAAUCUUCCUGAUGAUGGUGAUGGCUUAGGAAUAAGUUCGCCUAAAAUAGCAAAUGACCAUCCAGAAGAUGAACCAAUUUGUGAAGAGAAAUACACAAAUAGUGGAUAUUUUGGUAUCAAUUCUGAUAAUGGUGCACAUAAUAAUAAUGAGUUGCCUGAAGAAAGGUUGAGACAUAUGGAAGAAUUAUAUCAACAGCAUUUGAUUGAACAAUUACCUGUUUAUUAUCCUGGCAUUUCUGGAUGUAGAAGCGUAGUGGAAUUUGAAUGCCUUAAUAAAAUUUCUGAAGGGACAUUUGGUGUUGUUUAUCGUGCCAAAGAAAAGAGAACGGAUAAAAUUGUGGCUUUAAAACGAUUAAAAAUGGAAAAGGAGCAUCAAGGUUUUCCGAUCACUUCCCUCCGUGAAAUUAAUAUGCUUCUUAAAUGUGGCAAUCAUCCAAAUGUUUUGAAUGUUAGUGAGGUUGUUGUUGGCUCAAGUAUGGAUAAAAUCUAUCUAGUAAUGGAAUAUAUUGAACAUGACAUUAAGUCUUUAAUGGAAUUGAUGGAAUCUCGCAAGAAAAAAUGGACAAUUCAAUAUGUAAUUCAUCGGGAUCUGAAAACUUCCAAUCUUCUACUUUCACAUCUCGGUAUUUUAAAGAUUGGCGAUUUUGGUUUAGCGCGUGAAUUUGGGGAACCAUUAAAGUCUUACACUCCAAUUGUUUUUUAUUCUACUCCCGUUGAUAUGUGGUCUGUUGGGUGUAUUUUUGGUGAGUUCUUGAAGUUGGAGCCUUUAUUUCCUGGAAGGACAGAAAUUGACCAAAUUCAAAGAAUUUUCAGAGACAUAGGAACUCCAAAUGAACAAACAUGGCCAGGAUGUAUGGAAUUGCCAGGAAUGAGGAAUGGAGUUUUUGUUGAUACCCCUUUUAAUCAAUUACAUCGCAAAUUCAGUUCAGCAUUGCCUGAUGAUGAUGGUUAUCAAUUGUUAAUUAAAUUAUUAACUUUGGAUCCAUCUAAAAGGUUAUCGGCUAAGCAAGCACUGAAAAGCAAAUGGUUUCAAAACAAUCCAAAGCCUUUGCCACCCUCUUCCUUCCCAACGGUAUGUUUUUAA